ACCAUUAUCCCCAAAAAGAGAAUUGAAGCCUUCAAGAACACGAUAUGAUACUCACAAGGCUUUAGAUAGCUUGAUAUCUGAACAUCGGCUCUGAUCUGCAUUCUCUAGGUUUGAUAAUGUAUUCAUUUUCAAAAUUUUUAGGGGACAUAAGAUACUGGACCGCAAAUCACCCUGCAAUCACUCACUUUAGAUGGAGCAGCACUACUACAUGGGGUGCUUCAUGGCAAUUUUUGGUUACUGGAAUGGUAAGCUAUCUGCUUCUCGUUGCAAUUUUGGUGUUUAUUAUGAAAAAAAAGUCAAACCCACUUCAUCUUGGACCCAUUCCUGUAAUUCACAACAUGAUUAUAUUAUCUUUAUCAGCCCUCAUGGUAGUGGGAUGCUGGGAAGCCGCUGGGGUAGAGAUGGAACAAACACGGUGGUUAUGGGGAAGAGGGUCAUAUGAGAGAAAAAAAUGGAUAUUUUGUUUUCCAAUAGGCACUCAACCUAUAGGAAGAUUAUUUUUUUGGUCAUAUGUAUUUUAUCUUAGCAAAUUUUAUGAAUUUGUAGACACCAUUAUCCUUGUUUUGAAGAAGAGGCCCUUGACUUUUCUGCAUGUUUAUCACCAUGCUGUGGUGGUGGUGAUGUGUUUCUUGUGGUUGGAGUAUUCACAGUCUCUGCAGAUUAUUGCACUCAUCACAAAUGCAUCAGUUCAUACUUUGAUGUAUACGUACUAUUUGUUGUGUAGUAUUGGGUACCCUCCUCCAUGGAAGAAACUUGUAACAAAUUGCCAGAUUGUACAGUUCUUGUUCAGUUUUUUGGUUUCUAUUGUGCUUCUCUGGCUGCAUUUCACAGGGAAUGGGUGUGCUGGCAUGGGUGCCUGGGUUUUUAAUGCACUAUUCAAUGGAUCUCUCUUGGUUCUGUUCUUCAACUUCCAUAGGAAACAGUAUAGGCAAAUGAGAAUGAAGUCAGGAGUAGCAAGGAAGCGGGAGUGAGAAAAUUGAUUGGAAGCAGGUGUGUUGUUUGGGUUUGGAAAUCUGUUCUAUGGGUGUUAAACCUACCUGAGAAAUUGCGAAAAAAGAGCAAUUUUUCUACUUGUUGCCUUCCAAAGAUGCAAGAAAAAUUAGAGAGAUUGCAGCCUGUUACCAAGUUUACCGGUGGAUUCAAGAAUCCUAAUAGGCAUCUCCUUUCUUUUCUGUCAAGAUUGCUUUCAAUGUGUUUUCCAGGUUUGAGCUUAACAAUUUUCACAAAAGUUUGGAGCAAUGUGUUAUUCCCGAUUGAACAUGGGUUCACAAAUGUUCUCCAAGAGGACAAUUUUAAUUGAAAUAAAAAUUUAGCUUGCAUAUAUUUUUCCAAGA